CCUCAAAGCCGUUUCAAGAAAAAAAAAAAGAAAAGACAUGCCUGCUACCCUCCAUCACUGGCCAUCCAAGGUUGCCAACAUCAUCGUCUACUUGACGCUGCUGUCUGGCAACCUGUACUCAACCUUCGGAGGUGAUAAGAACACGGACUCACCCUAUGAUUCCAAAUAUAAGUCAUAUAUUACUCCCGCUCAAUAUACUUUCUUCGCCUGGACUGUGGUAUACUUCUUGUUUGGUGGUAUGAUGGUCUACCAGUGGUUCACUGACAAAGUCCACGAAGCUGUUGGCUGGCAGUUUGUCACUGUAUCGAUCUUGAACGCCAUCUGGCUUGCUCUCUGGUCUUCCGGUCACACUAUCCUUGCAUUCGUGUCUUUGCUCUUUACUGCCUCGGCUGUCUCGUACAUCUACUACAGACUCGUGAGACUGCAUGAUGCCGACACUAUGGGUGAAAUUCUUUUUCUACACCUUCCCUUUUCGCUCUACCAUGCUUGGAUUUUUGUUCUUAUGGUCAUCAAUGCCUUCGCUGUCCUCUCGCCUGUCAAGGAGGAUGGUCCUUCUACUUUCCAGGUAGUCCUUGCUGUUAUCGGCCUUGUCUUUAUUGCCUCGACUGUCGUUGGUUACAUUGAGUACAAGAAGGGUGAUGUUGCUGGCGCCUUAGUUUUGGCCUGGUAUCUCAUUGGUGUCUUCGUCCAGCAGGACCAUCCUGUCAUCCACUGGACCGCCCUUGGUCUCGGUAUUGCUGUUGCUAUUUACACUCUCAAACCCUUCGUUGCUCGCUCGCUUGGCCGCCGUAAUGGCGGCGAAACUGCUCCGCUCUUGGGUUAAAGAGAUAAACAGGCUUGCUGUCAUGCAUCCAACGUACUUCUUGCUCAUGUAUAUUUGUUCAUAGUCUAGUCACCUUAUUACCAGCAAGAUGAGAAAUCUUUUAGGAGAGAGAAUACGUUGUCCUCCUUCUUUCUUUUUUCUAUGGUUCAAUAAAACACCCAUUUCGCAUAAA